AUGAGAUCAACGGCUUCAAAGGUAUUACCAUGGCGGAAGCAAAUCUCGUCCGAAGCCGUGCACCACCACGACAUCGUGCCUGCCGUCAAUGGGCUGAUCUACCCCAUCGUCCGGCCGGAUGAGCCGCUGUGGUACAUCGCGCAGUCGCCGCCUUUUGCACCUCUUCCAUCAUCGUCCGCAAUUCUCGACGAAACAGUGCUGCCACUCGAAGGGACCUCGCAUUGGAGCAGCAGCAGCAGCUCUUUCACCGCGCUGACGGGAGAUGAGCACGUCAUGAUGCAGGAUGGCUUCUCGCCACGGGUCUCUACCCAUUGGUCUGAUGAUCAUGUCGCAUCAACAACAACAAAUUUCGGCGUUCCAAGCAUAGCAAGUUGCACGUCAGUCGGGAUUGAGCCAGGCACGAUUCCGUCCAACGGGACACGGAAGAAGCGUCGUCGUUGUGGCUCGAACGAAUCGGCUUCUCCUGAAGCAGUAACAACAAGACAAUCCGUCGAGCCUACGCGCUCAAAUGUCGAGACACGCUACCAUCGCGAAAAGCUCAACCUGGCACUAGACGAUCUGCGCUGCACGCUUGCCUCAACCGAAGCAUUCGGCCGAGAAAUCUCUGACAACAGCCUGCUCCCCGCAGCAUUCUGGGACAAUGAGGUCUGUUGGCGGCACAGGUCUGACCUUGUCAGAGACGCGAUCAAGUAUAUCCAGAUGGCAGAAGUGGAGAUUCGGCAUUUGAGGGAGGAGAAGCUGCUGUGGCUUUCUGUCCCGCUUGAGGAGAAUGACGGAACUGGUAUUGCGUUGUAG